AUGGCUGGAGUUGCGGCCGCCAUCACUCUUGGAGCAAUGUGCGCUGGCAUCGACGGCGCCGGCGUCAGCUUCGGCGUCCGACUCGUUGCUAUCGUCGUUCGGUUCUCCCUUCCAAUUGUCGAAGUCGUCCUCGCUUUCAGAGUCAGACUGGAUUUCCUCGAGCUCCUCAUCGCUGAGAUCCGUGUCGCCUCCGGACUCUGCACUGUCCUGACGAAGCAGGGGGGGAAAGGAGGGGAAUCAGGGGGGGAAAGCAAGGGAAGCAGGGGGGGAAAGGAGGGGAAGCAUGGGGGAAUAGGAGGGGAAGCAGGUGGGGAAAGGAGGGGAAGCAGGUGGGGAAGGAGGGGAAGAAGGGGGGGGGAAGGAGGGGAGCUGAAGGAGGGGACGCAGGGGAGGGAGGAAGGAGCCGAAGCAAGGGGGGUGAGGAGGGGAAGCAAGGGGGGAAAUGAGGGGAAGCAAGGGGGGAAAGGAGGGGAAUCAGGGGGAGAAAGGAGGGGAAGCAAGAGGGGAAAGGAGGGGAAGCAAGGGGGGAAAGGAGGGGAAGCAGGUGGGGAAAGGAGGGGAAGCAGGUGGGGAAAGGAGGGGAAGAAGGGGGGGGGGGGAGGAGGGGAGCGGAAGGAGGGGACGGGGAGAAAGGAGGGGAAGCAAGAGGGGAAAGGAGGGGAAAGCAAGAGGGGAAAGGAGGGGAAGCAAGGGAGGAAAGAAGGGGAAUCAGGGGGAGAAAGGGGGAGAAGCAAGGGAGGAAAGGAGGGAAAUCAAGGGGGGAAAGGAGGGGAAGCAAGAAGGGAAAGGAGGGGAAGCAAGGGGAGAAAGGAGGGGACGUAA